ACAUAGUUUCCCCAUAGUUAUGCUCAAAUGCAUGUGAAUAUGAAAUAUAUGUAAUAUUUAUAAUUCUAUAUCACUGCUUGAAGUAACUAGAGUGAGGACAUUGAGUACACAGAGUGAGGAGUGGGCUGAGGAGCUACGCAGAUAGCUGUCCUGCUCUGGCUCAAUAUCGUCGACUGCAGAAGAACUGAGAAUACGAUCAUUUACAGGCUGCAUCGUCAAGAUGCACAUCAAGGACGAAUCAGAUCGGCGUUGGUGAUGAAAUAUUCCCCAGACUCCGUCCUCUCAGCACAAUGAGCUGUUCGUUUCCUGCGCCCGCGGUGGAUUUGAUAGAGCAAUGGUGCGCCAGUCCCGGACUGCUGGUUUAAUCUUAAUUUGACAUCUCUCGUAAACACAAGAUGAACAGCAUUCGGUACAAAACAGCGUCUGUCAGGUGGUGGAACUAUUCUGUCGCGCGCUGUGACCACGCACGUAUGUGCCGCGUGCGAUUACUGCUGCUGUGCUUGUGCGUGCUGGUGGCAAUUACAUUAACACUGGCAGUAUCACUGUCUAAACACCAAACGGAAGAUUAUGAUUUUCCUCCCAAACCUCCCGAUCUAUUCAAAGACAAGCUGAAUCACCAGCCAGGUAAACCCUCUAUUGCUCAAGUAAAGCGGCUUGUCUCGCAGGUGAAUCGGCAAAGACUGUGGUAUUCCCAUCUGCGACCCAUUCUCACUGAACGCCAGCCAGGAAGUCGUGGGAGUCAGGCUGUUCGAAAACACAUCUUUUCUAAACUGGAUUCUCUUUCGGCGGGCUGGUCUGUGGAAGUGGACUCCUUCAUCUCCGAAACCCCUCAUGGCCCUGUUAGCUUCACCAAUGUCCUGGCCGUGUUAGACCCAAUGGCUCCUCGCCGAUUGCUUCUGGCUUGUCACUAUGACUCCAAAUUCAUACCUUCAGAUCCUAGUGACCCACAGAAGGUGUUUGUGGGUGCCAGUGAUUCAGCUGUGCCUUGUGCUAUGAUGCUGGAACUGGUCACAGCUUUGGAUCCACACCUCAGAAAGCACAAGCAGCUGGUUUCCAGGGUGACCCUGCAGUUGGUUUUCUUUGAUGGAGGAGAAGCUUUUGAGCAGUGGUCUCAGACAGACUCACUAUAUGGUUCACGGCACCUCGCAGACUCCAUGUCCCGCAUUCCUCACCCCCCGGGUUCUGAACAAACCACACUGCUGAAUGCUGUGGAUCUGCUUGUUCUUUUGGACCUUAUUGGUGCCCCUGAUCCCAUGUUUGUGAAUCACUUUGAGAACACAGCUCGCUGGUUUGACCGCCUUAUCGCUGCUGAGAAGAGACUUCAUAAUUUGGGGCUCCUGUCUUCCCAUCCCAAAGAGCAAACUUAUUUCAUGAAGGAUGUGAAUAUGGGGCCAGUUGAAGAUGAUCAUAUUCCUUUCCUUCAGAGAGGAGUUCCAGUGCUGCACAUAAUCGCUACGCCAUUCCCUUCCUUCCUCCACACGAUGGAUGACACAGUAGACAAGAUUCACAGUCACACUGUGGAGAAUCUCACCAAAGUCCUUGUGGUAUUCCUGGCUGAAUAUCUGCGGCUCUAGGAUGCUAUGAUAUAUGAUAUUCCAUCCAACCACAUCCGUCGUGGAUUGGUCUAUACCUCAGAUGCACUGCUUUAGGAUAUCUGAUAUCAGUGACUGUUCUCAGAGAUACAUAAAGUACUGUAUGUUCUCAGGCUGCCAUCCUACAGUGGUGUAAAAAAAGUGUUGGCCCCCUUCCUGAUUUCUAAUUUUUUUGCAUGUUUGUCACACUUUAAUGUUUCAGAUCAUCAAACAAAUUUAAAUAUUAGUCAAAGGGAACAUAAGGGGAAAAAAA